AUGAAGAAUUCCUAUUUCAAUGUGGAUGUGGCAAUAGGCAUUGCUAGGGGUGUUCAACAAGUUAAUGAUGUUAGGCCACUUAUCAAGAGGAAGGAGAAGGCUGUGAAGGAGGCCACCUAUUCUUGGUUGCUUACGACUGAGAAAACUAAAUGCUUGGAUUAUGAGAUUGCCCAAUUGUCUGAAGAGAGGAAGGAAAAGGCUACUUCUAAAGUUUGUGAAGAAGCUCAUGAAGAAGGCCUGGAAAAGACCGAGAAGGAGCUUUAG